GAGACCCUUCCACAGUAGACCAAAGCGUCUUCUAGUUCUUCCCCUUUAUUACACUGUUAAUAAUUAGUUAAGCCUGGCUCUUCUAAUGGCUGCUUCUUCUUCUUCUUCUUCUUCUUCAAGAGUGAGUAUUGCUCUGUUCCUCCUCUUAUGUGCUUCUACGCUUCUGUUCCAACGCUCCUGUGGGGCGAGGACGCUCACCGCGCUGGUGGAGCAACAACCCCUCGCCAUAACCUACCACAGGGGCGCGCUUCUCACCGGUAACAUCUCCGUUAACUUCAUCUGGUACGGUAAGUUCACCGCCUCGCAGCGCGCCAUCCUCACCGACUUCGUCUCCUCCCUCUCCUCCUCCUCGUCCUCCAAAACGGAGCCAUCCGUCGCCACGUGGUGGAGGACCACCGAGAAGUACUACGCCCGGUCCAAGGCGCGGAUCCCGACGCUCACCCCCGGGGCGCAGAUCCUCGACGAGUCGUACUCGGUCGGUAAAACCCUAACCGACGCCGACCUCGCCAAGCUGGCGGGCCGCGGGGCCCGCCGGGACGCCAUCAAUGCGGUGCUCACGGCCGACGACGUGGCGGUCGAGGGCUUCUGCAUGAGCCGCUGCGGGGCCCACGGCUCGUCCCGGCCCGCCCCGCGCCGGUCCAACUCGGGCCGGUUCGCGUACGUCUGGGUAGGGAACUCGGCGGCCCAGUGCCCGGGCCAGUGCGCGUGGCCCUUCCACCGGCCCAUCUACGGCCCACAGACCCCGCCGCUGGUGGCGCCUAACGGCGACGUCGGGGUCGACGGCAUGGUGAUCAACCUCGCCAGCAUGAUCGCCGGCGCCGUUACGAAUCCGUUUGGGGACGGGUUCUUCCAGGGGCCCAAGGAGGCGCCGUUAGAGGCGGCGACGGCGUGCACGGGGGUGUACGGGAAGGGGGCGUAUCCUGGGUACGCCGGGGACCUGCUGGUGGACCCCGCCACGGGUGCGAGCUACAACGCGAAUGGGGCCCACGGGAGGAAGUACUUGGUUCCGGCACUCUUUGACCCGUCAACGUCCUCCUGCUCCACCUUGGUGUAGGACUGGAUCGGACUACUUUUUGUACACACGUGAACUAGUUACAAAAGAAAAGAGACUAGAAAAUAAAAAAAAACAAAAUAUGGAGGCGUGCGUAGUGCUAUAUAUAUAUAUAUAUACAAAAUAUAGUUUGUAUGUGUAAUUCUUUCGUUUGUUCGACGAGACUGAAAUAGUAUCUCAAUGUAAAUGUAAGUUUUCCAUAAUAUAUUACCUUGUUAUAUGCUUGCGACA